AUGGCCAGUCAUCUUCCACCACGUCUCCCGGUAGAGACAUUCUCGCUGAUGCUAGCGCAUGUAGAUGCCAAAACUGUUUUCCGCAGUAGACGCGUCUGUAGAAGAUGGAAAGAGUUGAUAGACGGCUCAGAUCCUAUCUGGAGAAGUGUCGCUAUCCAGUGGGGACGGCAAGAGCUCGCAUCCGCUUGUCCCUUGAAGACGUGGCCUGAUCCCAAUCCCAACAGCGACGCUGACAAGCAUCACGAGUACGACGAAGAGGACUUCGCCAUCUCAAGCUCCACAGGAUACUUUUUCAGCUGCCCAAAUGCGAAAGAGCUCUGCCGGAGGUACCUCGAUUUGACGCUUGCUUGGAGAAAUCUUCAUACUGCCGACGAUCCUCAAUCAGACGAAGAGGGAUGGUUCGUUCAUGGGAGCGUCUCACUGGGCAGAUCGGACUGGGAGCCACGUCUCGUGCUCAUGGGCUCCGCGCUUGGACUGACUUCCAGAGAUGACGACGAGUUGAAUAUGCACACAUUGCGGAAAGUCAGGACGCGCAGUCUCAUUCGCUCGCCUCGACGCACGCACGCAGCUGUCCAGAACAUGACGCACUACCACGACGAUGUUCCAUCGGCUUAUGGAGACAAACACGAAUGGCACGCAAAAUGCAUCAUCUCGGCAAGCAGGAGCGGCGAUGAUGAGCAAUACAGCACCAGCAUCUCGAUCGAAAGUGAUUGGCCCAGGACCUUCUCGGAGCUGCCGCCAAAGCAUACUGGUGAGCUGGUACUACACCUGCGUCUGCGCUAUCCCCUUUGUGCAGCAGUGAUGCAACGAAACGUGGACCCAGACGGUUUUGAGUGGUACGUUGUGGUCUGGGAUAUCUGCACGCGCCAAAUCAAGGCCUCGCUCUGCGAGUCCCGAUGGACUUCAAUCAACGAAGUAGACCUCGACAGCAACUGUGGAGUCAUCUUCAUCGCAUCAGCAGGAGUAGUGGCGUACAAUCUAGUGGACGGCAGCGCCAUCUUAGACCUAUCAAGCCAGCCAUGGGACUUUGCUGAUUUGGCAUACAUGCGUACGCCCACGCCACGUUUCGGCCCAACCUUGAGCGGGGCUCAGAUCCACAUUGGCACAGCGUUCAUACACAGCACGUUUCACAGAACAUGCUCCCACCCUCUAGCCGUCAGAUGGUGCACCGUCCAGCAAGCCGGUCUGAAACCGGGCGAAGGCGACGGCAGGUGAGCGUCACCAAGAUACGCGGUCUGCAAACAAUGUGUGAUGGCUAUGUAACAUUGCUAAGCCAGAUUUUGGACUGCAUGUGAUUCUCUCCAGCACUUUAUUGUCUCACGUUCGUCAGUGGAUGGUGAGUGUCUGUGCGCAGGACUCCAUGUCUGGGUACUGACCUGUCUGCCUGACACCGUCCAGCAUAAUGUGGACAGCAGGGCUGAAGAUCAGAUUAGAAGUCCUUUGCAGGUCCGCUUAGACACUAGGACCGACACUGCCGCAAUUUCGUAUCGAUGGGGGGUGAUGUUGGUUCGACCCUACUCGAAACUCGGAAAAGAGAACGAGCGCCACUUGGUUCAUGUGGGUCUGCUCCAUUAUGUCAUUCCCGAUCGAUGCUGCCCAGGAGGACUCUCGACUUACGUGUCUAUGGACAGGAUGACCAUAUCAGAUGGACGUAUUCUGCAAAGCGCCAAACGCUUUUUUCCAGGAAUGACCGGCCCUGGAAGAGUCACAGAUCUUCUUCUGAUGGAUUUGAACAAGUACAGGUUAGAUCCAGCCUGGCGGCCCACGAAUCACCCCUUCGAGAACGUCGAGUGCUGGCACCUCGAGCAGCAAGUGUGCACCACUGUCAAUGGACUGAAGGAUCGACUGGUGGAUAUGGCAAUCGAUGCAAGCACAGUUUACACUCUGCGAAAGGCUAGCGGCCUGCAUUUUUUGGACUACGGGGUGGCCGCCAAUCUCAACGCAAAGAGGAAAGAGUCAAGUUUCUCCUUGCCCUGA